GAAAGAUUAUGAGCGGUCGUUACGCAUGCUUCUGUUGAGGACUGUAUGUCUAACCUUAGUCUCUUCCGAAAACUGAACCAUUGCGAUAGGCACGAGAAUGUGUCGGUAUCCAAAGAGCUUCACUGGGAAAGAUGGUGGUGGAUAAUAAAUCUCAAAAGAGUCAAUUCUUGGUAGUUUGUUUGAGGGUAGAAUUCCCAAAGCAAGAGGAAUGGCUGUCAGUUAAGUGAAAGCGGAGAAUAGUUAGCGGAGAAGGAAGAAACAUGGCGAAAGCUCAAACUUUUCGGGGGCUAAAACCAGCUGCCGCCGAUAAACCAAACUCCGAGAUUAUUGUAUUCAUCCUACUCCCGCCUUUGUUAAAGAUUGAUUCGACCCUUCUCAUUUUACCAUAAUCACUGUCUGAUAAUCCAUGUACCAUACUGUCAACAAUUUUACAUACUAUCUUCUAGCUACUUUUUGCUAAGUCGAGUACUAACCGAUCACCGCUACGUAAGCGACGCGAUGUCCGGUGCAAGGCAUUGGGAGCAGGAUAAAGAAGCCACCGUCUACAUUGGCAACCUUGACGAAAGGGUCACAGAUAGCCUGGUAUGGGAGUUGAUGCUGCAGGCAGGGCGCAUCGUUAACGUCCACCUGCCGAAAGAUCGAGUCACACAGUCCCACCAAGGUUACGGGUUUGUUGAAUUCAUCAGCGAGGAGGAUGCAGAAUACGCAUCCCGAAUAAUGAACGGCAUUCGUUUAUAUGGGAAGCCGAUACGCGUGAAUAAAGCGUCUGCUGACAAGCAGAAGUCGGUGGAAAUCGGCGCAGAACUUUUUGUUGGGAACCUUGACCCUAUGGUCACGGAGCAAGUUCUUUAUGAUACAUUUAGUCGGUUUGGGAACUUGGUCAAUUUACCGAAGAUUGCACGAGAUGACAAUAACUUAUCAAAGGGCUAUGGAUUUGUGUCGUUCGGCGAUUUUGAGUCAUCGGAUGCCGCCAUAGCAAACAUGAAUGGCCAGUACCUCAUGAAUAAGCAGGUCUCGGUACAAUACGCCUAUAAGAAAGAUGGCAAGGGUGAACGCCAUGGUGAUCAAGCUGAGCGGAUGUUAGCUGCGCAAGCCCGUAAGCAUAAUGUACGCCCACCGACUCAGCCUUUACAAGCGCCAUUCUCAGGUUCAGGGACCCCUAUGGUACCCCCGACUAUGGCCAAUGGUGAUAGCUCUAGGCAGAUCAGUACUGGUCCUCCAGACCUAGGGAUGGGCCGAGGCGUUGCGCCCCCUAAUGUUGGUUUUUCGAAUGUGCCUCCCCCGCAACAACACAGGUCUGUUCCACCUGCGACACCUUUGGCAAAUCCACCACCAGGCUUGCCAGCACGGCCUCCACCUUCACAAGCUGGCUAUGGAGGUCCACCACAGGCUUUCUUACCUCCAGCCUUCAACAAUGCGGGUCAGCAACCAUCUUUUCCUCCACAGCCAGCACCACCUCCAGGCUUUGCUCCUCCCGGCUUUGGCCCUCCUACUGGGAAUGCUGGUCCCACACCACCAUUACCUCCAGGAUUUCAGCAGCCAGCCUAUGGUCGAGGGCGCUAGGCAUUCGGCUUAAAUGCUUUAUUUAGAAGUCAAAACCCUACCCAGCUCGAAAAGCUAAGUGUGAAACGAAUACCCUUGGGAACUGGCAAGAACCAGACUCCCGAUUUU